UUUCCAGUAAACCUAGGGAGUUGGAGUAUAUAAUUUACUUGGUUGACUGAUAUAAGGCCACAGAAGUGAUGUUCUGCGAUGCUUUUUUGAGGGAACAUUACAGUUUCUAGAUGUGGUGGUAUAGGAUGACAACUGGAAUUAUGGAGGGUCCUCAUCAUCCUCACUAACAGUCUCUAUGUACGAGGCUAUCUCCUCAUAUGCCUUCUGCAGUGAAAAUAGACGGUGUGAUAUUUUGUGUGUCAACACAUGUACCACAGAUAAAAUGUUAUGUUUUUUGUAGAAGACAAGUGGGUAAUAAUGGAGUGACAACCAGGUUGACAAUCACAGAACAGGGAGGUGACAGCACAGAUGAAUAUAACAAGACAGUUUUUUUGUUUUGGGGGACAGCAGUCAACAGUCACUCUGCAACACACCAAUCAGCUUGCUGCAACGCUGACUGAAGGCUAUAGAUUCUGUUUACUUCACAGCCUUCUCGGAGGUUGAAAAAAGUUUUAUCAUCACUCGUGUGGCCAGAAGGCCAGGAAACCGCAGUGAAGUUUGGCUCUUUAUAAGGGUGGAUGGAGUUGGGGAUUUUGAGGGCCAUCACAUAAACGUCCCUCUGGGCUCCGCUGCAUGGCCAUCGCCAUGACGACGUUAUGACAGCGAUGGAGAGCGACGAUCCUGGCCAGCGGUGAUGGCCCGGAGCGGCGAGGACACCCCGGGGACGUGAUGGCAGCGACGAUACAGGGCAGCGGUGACAGUCCGGAGCGGCGGGGACAUCACCCUGAACACCCUAUUACCCUUCUGGCCUCUGAGGCAAACAAUAGCUGGAGCGCCGGAGGUCUCACAAUGACAUGCAUACAGCCAUACCAGAAAUGGAGGAUUUCUUUUGAUGGUCAAUUAAGAAAGGGACCUUUCCAACAUGUUGGUGAAGGUGGUGGCCAAAGCGUGCAUGUAAAGUUUACAAUAGUAUGGUCGGCUACCACUGAAGUCUUUGACUUUGAUUAUGACUUUCAUCCUGGUACAGCUGCAGAGGCAAUGGCUAUGGAACCGCUAACUCGAGAUUUUUUAACAGCUGUAAAAAAAUCUAAGGAUGAGCAUCAUCGCUAUGAGCAGUGGGGAAACCUCCUGGCUGAGGUGUCAAUCAGUGGGGAUGAAAAGUCCCGGAUGUCCUUCAGUGGGAUCCGCAGCCAUUCCUAUGGUGUCAGGAACUGGAUGGAUUUUUACAGAUACAUCAUGUUUUUAAUGCAGUUUGAGAAUGGAAUGUCUGUGCACCUAAACAUUGUCAGCCUCUAUAAAACCACCAGACACUUAAUUGUAGGUUACGUAUUUUUUCCUGAUGGUAAGAAGGCUGGAAUUGAAUGGUCUGGUGCUCACCUCUGUAACCUGGCUGAGGACCAUGUAAUUGCUGAGCAUUAUGAGAUCCACUUUACUGCCGGUGGUCAGAUUUUUGAGGUUUCAGCAACUAUUGACUCCAAGAACAGUCCCCUGAUUUACAAUCCAUCCUUACAUUCUAACAAGCCAACUGCUGGAAUUACCCAUGAAUGCAUCGCCACCUUCAGGACGGCCAUGGGUGGCAGGGGAUGGGGCUUGGUUGAAUUCUUCUAUGGGGCAUAAGAAGUAAUCUUCCUCUGGUCAUUUACUGUGCAACUCAUGGCUGAUUUUUUCCCCUGAAGAUAAGAAAAAUAUUAUCAUAUCAGCAGGAGACUCAGGGGUUGGGGUUUAAGACUCAAUACAGUUGUGUUGCGGUUUGACGUUGUUGCGAUGCAUUUGGCCACAUGAAGUAGCUUCUUCUGAAAUAACCCUGCAUUUUUUAUUCCUGCCAAUUUUUGCUAUUUAGCAAUUAGUGUGUGUUUGCUAAAACUAGCAAGUGUUAUAAAACACAGGAAAAUAGCAGCAAUAUAAAACCAUUUUCUGCAUGUGACCAACUGCACUGUAACCACUAUUCAACCAGAUCAAGUGUUUUCACCCUUAGGGUAAUUUUUUGGAUGGUGAAACAAAUCAAGAGUCAAGUUGGCUCAUGGGAUCUUUUGUGCGACCAGUAAAAUUUUCAGUACAGUGGUCCCUCAACAUACGAUGGUAAUCCGUUCCAAACGGACCAUCAUUUGUUGAAACCAUCGUAUGUUGAGGGAUCCGUGCAAUGUAAAGUAUAGACCACUGGUAGAGGAAGUUGUACUCACCUGUCCCCGCCACUCCGGACCGUCACCGAUCGUCACCGCUGCCCUGGAUGUCACCUUCCAUCGCUGUCGCCACGUCCCUGGGGUGUCCCUGAUGCUCCGGCAAGGCCUCUACUUCCCCGGCAUCCUCGCUCUCCAUCGCCGCUCUCCGUCGCCGCCAUCACCUCGCUAAGCACGCCGCUCCUAUUGGAUGACGGGAUGGCGUGCGCAGCGACGUGAUGACAACGACGGAGAGCGCCGAUGAUGCAGGGGAUCCCUAAGAGGACGUGCCGGAGCCCCGAGGACAGGUAAUUGAUUGUCAGCGGACCGCACGAGGCACCAUAAACGGCUAUCCGGCAGCAGCUGAAGCAGUCUGCGCAGCCGGAUAGCCGUUUAUGCGAUGGCCCCGACAUACAAAAGCAUCGUAUGUUGAUGCUGCCUUCAACAUGUUGAAAUUAUCGUAUGUCGGGGCCAUCGUAGGUCGGGGGGGGGGGGGGUCACUGUAUAGGCCGCCCAGCACCCUGAGUAAACAGGAGAUGUAUGGCCAAUAAUUAUUAAUUUGAAGGACCUCACAAAUGAUUUAGAGAUUGUUUGUGUGGCGCCUCUAUGAAAAUGAGGUCUGAUCACUGAAGUUGAAGUUAAUUUCCCGCAGCCAGUCAUCCUGUAUAAAAGGGCCCUCAGCCAUAUCAUAUAGUGGAGAGCCUACCAAUUGUACACACAACAUAACUCAUGACACAAGGAAAAAAGAACAGUAUUACCAAAUCUGCAAGUUAAAGGGAUGGUACACAUUAAAACUAAAUUAUUAUGCAAUUAAAAUGUUUUGUAACUUAAUAACUUUGUGUAUUUAGCCCUCACAAUUUUCAAGAUCACUGCUUACUGUCAGUAAAUGAGACAGACCUGCAUAAAAGGGGUACUUUGCUGCUCAGCAUUUAGAAACUGUUCCAAACGCUGGAUCAGACGCCGGGAGCAUGUGACAUCAUAGCCCCGCCCCCUCAUGAUGUCACGCCCCACCCCCUCAAUGCAAGUUUAUAGAAGUGCUUCUUACAGAAUGAGAGUUUAUACAGUUGUAUCCAUUCUAGACAAUCCCCUGUGAGCUAAAAAGCCUGGAUUCCAUAUUGGUACAUGUAACCUGCCUUGAUGCAGUGUAACAAAUUGAACAGGAGAGAUACUGUAUUUAUACUACUGAUGUGUUUAGCUCACAGAGGAUUAGCUAGACUGAAUACA